AUCACAUCUCUCCCAGCCAAAGGCAAUUAAGCAACCAUUACGCAGCCACAACAGCAACGCAGCAAGCUAAGCUAGAGGGAGUAGUGAGUGGGAGAGAGAGAGAGAGAGACAAAUGAGGCCGGAAAGAGUUGGAGGUGUGGCGCCGACGACGACGGUGCUAUUGGCUGGCGGCGGGCGGCCGAGCCUGUGGAGGACGCCGACGCCAUAUCUCUUCCUGGGGUUCGCGACGAUGAUGGUCCUCAUCGCGGUGGCGCUGGUCGCGCUCAUGUGCGCGCGCCGCAAGGCCUCUUCGUCGUCGUCGUCGUCGGCCAACGGCGGCGACGAGAAGCCGGCGUCGGUGCGGGUCCUGGUGCCGCUCGACCGGGAGCCCCCCAAGGUCGUGGUCGUCAUGGCCGGCGACGCCCUGCCGUCCUUCAUCGCCGUCGCCAGCGCGAGGAAGCCGCUCGCCUUCGCCGCCACACCGGCCGCGCCGGCCGAGGGCUUGUAGGCGCAUAUGCAGGGGCGGGCGAGAAGAGAACCCGCGCAUCGCGAGUUCGCGACGCGCGCGGGGGCCAAUUUUGUCGAGAGGUUUUUGUUUGUUCUUUUGCUUUGGAGCUCGGUGGCGUAGCGUAGGUGAACGGUGAACUGUGAGCUAGGGCGCCCACGCGCCGCCACCGGCCGGCAGCUGGUUUUGGUCUGUUUCGGGAAAAGCUUGCAGCUUGAAUAAAACGCGCACGGCUUUCUUUUCGCUA